CAGCUGUUUCCGGCAGACAUUUGUUUACGAGAUAUAAAUAGAUUCAUAGAUUCCUAUCGAAUGUGUUGUUGUUGAUGUGUGUAACGUAGGAGUCCACAGAAAAAUUGUCUAACAAUUGUCAAAAUCGAUCCAGAGAUCUAGGAUCUAAGGUUUUCAAGGCAAUAAUUAUGCGGACUUUAAAUGCUAGAGGCCCCUGCUGACUUUAGACAACAACUGUGAUAAAAGUGGCGGAUGAUCUAGAACCAAUCAUGCCUCGCAAAAGUGUAGAUAAAGUCUCCACUAAAUAUAAGAGGCUGGGAAAUACUCUAUCUGGAGAUGGCUUUGUGGAUAUGCAGUUUGAGAAACCAGCUCCUAAGGUACCAUACAAGGCAAUUCUUUUGGCUACUGGUCUCUUUGUUUGUGGCAGUGUUCUGAUUAUUGUAGGCUCUUUGUUGCUCACAGGCUACAUUAAUGCUCAGUAUUCUGAUCGUACAUGGCCCCUCCUGCUACUUGGUAGUCUGAUGUUCAUCCCUGGUGCCUACCAUGUCCGCAUAGCGUACUAUGCAUAUAAAGGCUAUGAUGGAUUCACAUAUGAUGACAUUCCAGAAUUUGAAUAACUGCACAUUUCGAUAUACUAUUUAUCUAUCAAUAACAUAAUGAGGCAAUAUAACAAAUUAUUAAUUGUGUUUUUAUAAACACAUUAAUUGAGGGAUUUUCUUCUGCAAGGAAGUAUAUGGUCUUGUGAUUUUUUUUUUUACAUAAACAUUUAUUUCUCCAUUUCAUUUUGAAAUUUUAAUGAGGUUUUUGAAAACCCUGAAGGUAAGGUUACAUCUGAAUAAUAAGCGCUAGUGUCUCUCUAGUCAACUCUGCAUUGGUUAAGUUGAAGGAGAAAUCUUGUAUUGAGUGCUGUGUAACACAUAACAACUUAAUGGCAGAUCAUUGUGGGGAUGCAUACAAUUUUAUUGACUGGCAUUUACCACACAAGACAUUUUUAAAUGAUCCAUUUCCCUUUCUGUAAUUAAUUUCAUGCAAAAUGGCAUUUAAAUACAUGAUAGUAAUUAGAUAUUUGAAUAAAACUCACUUCUGCUUUCAUUUAGUUUUAAAAUAUCAAUUUGUGUACACUUAAUUAAAUUAGUCACUUGAACAAAUUUUUCAAAAAUGUAUUCAUUUUUUAAUCAACAAAUGAAAAGUUAAAAUACAUGAUAAAUAUAUAAUUUUCGAAGCAUUGAAACUCUCAUGCAUACUUUUGUUUGGUGAGUAAUUCCAUUGUCUAGAACAAAUAAUUUAAAAUGUUACAUGCAAGUUUUUCUUUGAUUUAAUACAACAAAAGCUAAAGGCUUGAAAAAUGUAUACGUUUUUUUGGACAUGGGCAGUUAAGUCUUUAUGGUACUUUUGGAAUGAUGUGUGGUUAAGUUUGUGGGUUUUUCCUGGAUAUGACAUGUGUGGCUAGUUGUGGGCUUGUCUUGGAAAUGACAUUUGUGGUGUCUGGGGGCAAGUUUUGGACAUGACAUUUGUAGAAACCUCAUUGUAGAAUACAAAAUAAAUGCAAGAAUUUUGUAUUUGUACAAAGGUUAUGGUGUCACAAUGUCACAAAACAUAUUUUAUAGCCUUGGUGUUAUAUUUGUGUCACAAUAUCAGAUGUGUAUACAAACAAAAAAAUCUAUCAGAAAUUUGUGCUUUUCUGAACUCCAUUUUUUUUUCAUCUACUCUGGAGUAUGAGUUAUAUUUUAACAUCUGUUAUAUAUUCUAUUAAUAAAUACUGCACUUAAGCUUGAUUUAGCUUUUGUUAUAAUUUUAGUUCAUGUAUAACUUUAAAGAUGAAAUUGUUGUUAUAAUUUUAGUUGAUGCAUAAGUUUAAAGAUCAAUUUUUUUGUCAUAAUUUUAAUUGAGGUAAAACAUUCUCACUUAAGAUUGAUUAGAUUCUGUUAUAAUUUCAGCUAAGGUAUAACUUUAUAGAUCAAGUUUUUGUUAUCAGUUUAGUUAUUGUUAUACAUUUAGGUGAGGUAUAACAUUUUCACUAAGAUUGAUUAGUUAUUGUUAAAAAUUUGGUUGAGGUAUACUUUAAAGACCUAGAAAUAAUUUCAGACCCUUUUAUUUUUGUUUGUUAUUUUGGUUAAAAUGUUAUUUAUUGUUUUAUUGCUUGCAUUUUUUUUGUUAUUGUGAAUUCUGAUCACCUUUUCUAAUUAAAAUUUUAUAUUUAUCUAA